AUGAACAGUCAAAAUUUUACGUUGGCUGAAAAUCUAAUACCUUCAUCAUAUGUCCAACAAGCAGCUAGUGCUUUGAGAACAAGAGAAAAUUUGGCUAAAACAUUAAUGGAACAGGUAUGUUUUACUAUACAAUGAACAAAUUAUAUUAUAUUUUAAUAUACCUACAAACUCAUUGUAGACUAUAAAAUAUUUGUAAAUUUUAUUAGUUAACUACUUACAGACUUCAAAAUGUAAAUAAUUUAAAUCAUCCAUGUAUUUCACAUUAAUCAUUUGUACAUUUUUAUGUAGGUUGUCAUUCACAAGAAAAAUUUAUUAUUUUUUCUAAUGAACUUAAUAUAAAUUUCAAUUAAAUUAUUAAUAUUGAUAUUAAACACAAUUUAUUAAUAUGUUUAUUAAGUUUGCUCUGAUUUAAUAUUUUAAAAAUUAAUAGUUUAAUUAUACGUUACAGAGAAAAUGGCCGGAUAAUGGUUGGGAUGAUGCAACAAUUGAAAUGUUUCUAUCAAAUUUAGCACUAAUGGAUAGCAAUAAUUUUAAGGAACAUGCUGGUGUUGGUGAACGAGAAGGACGUAUAGCAUGUAAUUUAGUUGCAAAACGACAUUUCUUGAUGACACAUGGUAUUGGCAGGUCAGAAAAUAUUGCUGAAGUUCAACCUAAUGCCACAGGAUCCAGUUUAAUGAUAAAAUUAGUCAAUGCUAUGCUCUUAGAGUCUAUCCGUUUUAUGGGUAAAAAUAAGAAAAAAUUAUUUUAUGAAUUUAGUUUUGUAUUUUUUCAUUUAUGAUAUUUUUUUUUUGUUUUUAAUAGUUUAUUUUAUUUUUUUAUGUUUUACACCUCUUGAUCUGAGAAAUUAUUUAUGCUUUUGGCAGAUUUUGUUUUAGCUUCUUAGAAUUUGUAUCUGAUCACUUACCUAACCCCUCACUUAACCCUGACCAAACAUGCCUAGUAUAAGGGAUAAUAAACUUUCUUUACCUUGAUUUUCUGAAGAAAAAAAAGAAACCCCUGUAGGUAUCCAAGAUUUAAAUUAUCAAAACUUGCAAGUGUUCCAUAAUAUGAUCCUAUAAUUCACCUUUUGGUAGCACAUUUAAAUUUUGUAGUAUGAGUUUGGCAACUGUAAUCCAAUUGGGCUCUCUGACAAUUUUAAUUUGCAAUCUUUCACUAUUUAAAAUAGGUUCCUUAUCUAAAUUAUUAAUAAGUGUUCCCAAUAAGAUAGCCUCUCAAUGAGUGAAAAUAGAGCUUAUUUAAUCAUUGUUCUCAAGUUAAAAUCCAACAAUCAGAACUAACUUUAUUUUUGUUAUGUUAAUACAAAUAAAACCAUAGAAGACUUAAAAUUUACUGCUAUCCUUUUCUUAUUCUCAGCUUACCUCUCCACCUCUCACUAUUAUAGGUUGACUCAGGUCAUAUUCUGGUAUAUUUCUUUCAAGUCUGGCUCUUACAUAGGUCCAUCGGGUCAUGGAUCUUCCUAGAUAUCUGUUUAUUUUUUUUUUUAUAAUUGGCCAUCUGCUCUUCAAGUGUGUCCAAACCAUUUAGUCGUUUAUAAUAAUAAUAAUAAUUUAUUCAAAAGAAGAAUAAAAGAAGCAGAAGCUCAAUAGUAUAAAUAGAAACUAUUUAUUAAGAGAUAAUAAAACUAAACUAAAAUAAAGUAAUUUUGUAUUACCUAGUAUCAUAUAUCAAUCAAUAUUUAGGUACAAGUUUAAAAUAACUAUUAAAGGUGAAAAGAAAAAAAUCUUAAAUGAUUGUGAAUCUUUAAAAUUUGAAAAGUGAUGCUUAACAAAACUUAAUACACAUAAAGAUAUUUUUACUUUGCACUCAAUGCGCUCCUGAAAAUGUAAAUUGUUUGUUUAAGUUAUUUCUAAUUCUUAAAUUGAAAUAUCUGAAUUGAGCUUAAUGUUGUAAAUAAGUACGUAUAACUUAUAUGAUCAUAAAAUCUGUAAAAACACAUUGAGUAACAUUUACUAAUUUUAAGGCUCAUUCCCCAGUUUCUGCACCAGCUGAUAAGAUAUUUAAUUCCUCUGGAAAAAUUAAACAGUAGUUUAUUAAUGAAAUAGUGAACAUUUUUAAAUGAAUUCGAAGACAGAUCAUUAAAACCGAGGAGAGUCCAUUAAUAAAUAAAAUAAAUAAGAUAGGCGAUAAGUGACCACCUUGAGGAGUUCCUAAAGAAACAGACCUAUUAGUGAGAUAAGAAUUAAACCAAGUUGGUCCAAUGCAAUAAUCAAUAAUUUAUGAUUGACUUGAUCAAAGGCCUUCUUAAAAUAUGUAUACAUUCCAAUUUUCUUUGGAAGAAUCAAAUAUAAAUAAAAUUUAUUGGUAGAGAUAGGUUACAGGUUUUAAUUGAUUUUCUUGACAUAAACCCAUGUUGUCUAAUAUAUUAUAGACUGGUGUAAGAGCCAAUUUUUCAGUUUGUCAAUUUGAACAAGUCUAAAAAUCAGUCUAUAAUUUUAAUGCCAGAUGUCAUUUUAUUUUAAAAACCGUGGUAAUAAUGCUUAUUUUUCUUUGAAUAAUUUUUAUACAAAAAUUGGAUAGGCUUGCAAAAAAGUAACUUGAAACUCUGUCAGGGCUAGGAGACUCAGGCUUCCUUAGUGAGCAUCAGCCAUCUUAUACUUCAUGUGUGCAAAAAGUUUUAAAUUUAUUUGAAUUACCAGGUGGCAAGGGUUAAUAAGGAUUAACUGCUUAUCCUGAGGAUCGACAAUUGAUUUUUGAAAAUUAGAAAAUUUCAAAACAUUUUCAGACAGGUUAAUUAAUAACCAUAUUAUUAAAUCAGAAUAAAUGUAACAAUGAACAACUAACAAUAAGAAAACUUCCUACCUGGGUUGAAAGGAAGUUAACACAAUUGAAAGCUAUCUUAUCAAUUUUCCAGGAUAACAAAAGAAUUUUAAAAUUACUUUAAAUAAUAAAUUUAUAAUUUGGAAUGGUGGAUUCUGUUGACUUAAAAACUGAUAGGUAUUAUAAAUAAAUCAGUAAAUCGAUAAUAGGUGAAAUAUACAUAGCACAAAAAAUAAUUACAAGAUUUAUCAGAAUAGAGAAUAGGUUUAAAACUAGAAUUAUUAAAUAAAGUUUUUAACUUUUUGACAUUAUUACUGAGCUUAGCCCUCAUACUUAGUUUAUUUCUAAUAUAUUAUGUUAAAAAUGUUUGGUCUGUUGUACAAUAUCUGUAGUUCUUCAUUUCUUCUUCUGUCAUAGGUAUUUGUUUAAUGGUUGAAGUAUGGCCCAUAUACCUAACCUAUUGAAGUAUGUUUUGUUAAAAUAUUGAUUUUGGUUUUAUUUUACCAUAUUAAAAACCUAUACUAUGACAUUUAAAAAAAUAUUUAACUUUAUAAAUUGCCUGGUGUUGAAUUGGACCUGCAGUGAAUUGUCUGCGAUCCCUUAAUAUAUAUUCAGCUUUAUAAUCCAGUGUUUGUUAUCAUACUAAUUUUUGUUUGAACAUAUCUAAACCAUAAUUAAUAAUUUUAUAUAUAUUAAAUUAGAAUGUUAUUUAAGUUUCAUUUGUUUCAUAUGUGAUUCCUUAAUUAAAAUUGAAUAGAAUUCUAUCAAAUAUUAACUUUUUACAAAGAAAAGAUGUAAAUACUUAAUAUUUUUGUAUUAACAAAUAUAGUUAAAUGAGUAAAUAAUUUAAAGUUUUUAAUAAAAAAAGCAUGAAUAUAAAUUCAAUGUAUUUAAUCUAUCUAUUUAAUUUAUCCAUAUGUUAUUUGUAAUUUAGGUGUAGCAAGUGCAACUGGUUGUUUUAUGGUGCCAAUGGCUACUGGAAUGAGUUUGAUGUUAUGUAUGUUAACAUUAAAACAAGAUAGGCCUGGUGCUAAAUUUGUAUUAUGGUCUAGAAUUGAUCAAAAAUCUUGUUUCAAGUGCAUUAUUACAGCUGGUUAGUGAUUUCACAACUAUGAAGUACAAUUUUAGUAUAUAGAAAUGUAAGAGAUGUUUUACAUAUAUUGAUACAGGGCUACAACCAAUAAUCAUUGAUCCUAUACAAUGUGGUGAUGAAUUACAUACAGAUGUACAAGCAAUUGAAGCGCAACUAUCAACUCUUGGAUCUGAUAACAUAUUGUGUGUACUAAGCACAACUAGUUGUUUUGCCCCGAGAGUUUCAGAUUCACUCGAAAAAGUUGCUUGUCUUUGUCAAAAAUAUAAUGUUCCACAUUUAGUUAAUAAUGCAUAUGGUUUACAGUCUACCAGACUGAUGCACUCAAUCCAAGAUGCAUCCAGGUAUAUAUUUUUUAUAAUAUAUUAUGGUCAACAUUAUCACUGUAAUUAUUAUAUUAAUUGGUUUUCUAUAUUUAGAAAGGGGAGGAUUGAUGUUUUUGUUCAAAGUACUGAUAAAAACUUUUUGGUGCCUGUAGGGGGUGCAAUUAUAGCUGGAUUUGAUAAAACUAUUUUAGAUAAAAUUACUAGAAACUAUCCAGGUACUCAUUAGUAUAUUAUAAUUUAUUUUAUUAUUAAUAAUUUAACUUAAAAUAAUUAGGAAGAGCAUCAUGUAGUCCUGUUAUGGAUAUUUUUAUAACAUUAUUAUCAUUGGGUACUAAUGGUUAUAAAGAGUUAAUAACACAACGUAAAGAAGUACAUCAACAUUUAAGAAAAGAACUUGGAAAAGUUGCUGCUAAGUAUGGUGAACGUUUAUUGGAUAUACAAAAUAAUCCUAUUUCCAUUGGUAAUCUAAAAUUGAAUAACUGAUUAUAAUCAUCUAAUAAACUAUUAAUUUUAGCUAUGACAUUGACAUCAUUGAAUAUUCCAAAUGUCACUGAAACUGAUACAAAAAAAUUAAGUCAACUAAGUUCAAUGAUGUACAUGCGCCAUGUUACAGGUUGCAGAGUUAUAUCAUCUGUUGAAGUCAAAGACAUUUGUGGAUAUAAAUUUGACGGUUUGUUAAUAUAAUAAGAAUUACUAAGAAGUAAAUGCUAUCAAGCAAAUAAUACAAUUUCGAUUUUCAGGUUGGGGAGCCCACAAAUCAAAUUACCCUUGUCCUUAUAUUACAGCAGGUGCUUCAAUAGGUGUUAAAAAGUCUGAUGUUGAUUUGUUUAUACAAAAAUUGGAUAAAGUAAUUGCUAGGUUAAGGAAGUCAUCACCAUCCAAUCUGGAAACUCCCUCAUCAUCUGAAGGUAAUGAUAAUACGUCAAUACGACGAGCAGUGACUGGUGCAUCUAGCUAUCGAAGCCCAGUUAAUGGAGUCUACUCCACUGGAGAUGGCAGUACAUCAACAUCACGCACAUCUAGUGUUGAUAACCUGCGUAAACACUGA